UACAUGCACCUUAACUGGCGCAGAGGGCUAGAGACUAACAAGUUCUUCAGGUUUUCAGUGUUAAAUACACAGACGAGUGAGAUUGGCAUUUCUUCUUUUGCCUUCAAGUGUUCACUGUGGUCUUGCUGAGAACACAAACAUGCAGAAGGAGUUAAUGCCAUAUUGGAAUCUCACCGUCACAGUGUUGAGAGCGAAAUUAAGUCAGUCACGUGACUUAUUUUCUAAAUCUGACUGCUACAUCCUCUUAAAAUUACCCACGGCCUGCGCCUGCUGUCAUCGCACCAAAACCAUCACAAACAGCAAUGCACCAGAAUGGAAUGAAAACUUUCGUUUCAGAGUACACAGUGGUGUCAAGAACAUCCUGGAACUCCACAUAUAUGAUGCUGACUUAAUUACAAAAGAUGACUGCUGUUCCUCUAUCCUCUUUGAUAUCAGUAACCUCACACUUGGAAAAAAGCUGAAAAAAUGCUUCAUUACGGAUGAUGAGAAACAGAAUGAGCUGUGGGUGGAGUUUAAUAUGACAGAGAGCCCUGACAGCCCAGAGCCUUACCUAUCUAAUGGGGUGUUGAUGGCUGCUCCAUUCUGUGCACUAGACGUGACGGCAGAAAAAUUACGGACUGAUGUGAAAAGCCUACUGUUAAAACUGAGGGGUGCGUUUAAGGAAGACUUUAUCCUCUCAGGCUCUGUGGAAAAUCCCAGCUUCUCACAAACUAUGCGCUACUACAUCAAUCGAGACUUGGAGACCGAAUUUAGUCUUAUGCCAUCACAGGAUGUGAAGAAAGAGGAUAGAGUUGAUGGAUCCACUAUAAGCCCCUUGUCCUCUGUCCCAUUAAGAACAACAUCAGCUAACAAACAAAUCAAACUCUCUAUGCCUGUUGGAAAAGGCGCAUUAGAUCUGCAAGUUAAGACAGAUGACCGCUCUAGUGAAGACAUGAAUUUACGACUGGGUUUUGAUAUCCCGAUGGAAGAGAAGAAUUUUCUGAUGAAGAGGAGGAAAGUCGUGUCACAAGCACUACAGAGAGCUUUGAAACUCACCUCUCCACCUGAACCCAGCAAGGUGCCAGUGAUAGCCGUGGUGUGUUCUGGAGGCGGGUCUCGGGCAAUGACGGGCACAUUUGGGGCUCUUAGAGGUCUACAGAAGCUCCAACUCCUUGAUGCUAUCAGCUACAUCACAGGGUCUUCUGGCUCCACCUGGACUUUGUCCUGUCUUUAUGGUGAUGAUGCUAACUGGUCAAGCAGUGACUUGAAUGUCCCAAUGGAGUCGGUUAAAAAGGAAAUCACAAAAAGCAUGUCUAGUUUAUUUUCCAUGGAGCAGCUGCGGCACUACAAAGAAAAGAUGGAAGAGAAAGAAAAGCAAGGACAUCUCGUCUCUCUCAUUGAUCUGUGCGGUCUGGCUGUAGAGUACCUCAUACAUGGGAAGAAAAAAAUGGCUACACUCUCUGAACAGCAGAUGGCACUAUUAAAGGGCCAGAACCCUCUUCCAAUCUAUACUGCUAUCAACAUGAAGAAUGGCAAGACAGGAAGUACAGUAGAGUCUGAAUGGUGUGAAUUUACUCCAUACGAGGUUGGAUUUCUGAAGUAUGGUGCCUUCAUACCUGCACAGAACUUUGGGAGUGAAUAUUAUCUUGGUCACCUGGUCAGGAAACUGCCUGAAACUGGGAUCUACUCUCUAUUGGGAAUAUGGAGCAGUGUUUUCUCUCUGAGUCUGACUCAGAUAUGGACUUGUGCCACUGGAGUCACUCCAUCCUGGGCCGACCAACUUGGAGAAGAAGUGACAAACACAGACAUAGACGAUAAAGCAUCAACGCUGGAUACGCGUUACGUCAGUCCUAUGACUGAACUGGCAAAAAGAGUAAGCAACUUUCUUACCAGCCGCCCCAUUAUUAGCCAAGCGUACAACUUUCUGAGAGGUUUCUACCUGCACAAGAACUACACUGAGAACAGUGACUUCAACACAUGGAAUGAAGACCAUCCAGAUGCUUUCCCGAAUUCUCUGACACCAGCAGACUCUAAACUUGAACUGAUAGACUCUGCUGUUGUGAUCAAGUCAGGAUUUCCUCCUGUACUACGCCCUAAGAGACGUGCAGAUGUUAUUCUGUCUUUGAACUACGCUUGGGAUGUGAACCACUUCAAGCCACUGAAACAAACUCAUGAGUACUGCAUUGACCGCAAGAUUCCGUUUCCGAAAAUCAAUUUCAAAAAGUUGGAGUCAGAGCCGAUGAAGGAAGUUUAUGUGUUUGAGGAUAAAGAAAAUCCAGAGGCUCCAAUAGUGAUUCACUUUCCCUUGAUCAACAUCACAUUCAAACAGUUCAAGGCUCCUGGUGUGAAGAGAGAAGGAAAGAUCGAGAUGAAGGAAGGUGAUUUUGAUAUUGACUAUACCAGCCUCACUUGUCCAUUUGCUACGCCCAGACUGACUUACUCACCUGAAGACUUUCAGAAGUUGUCCAACCUCACCACUUACAACAUUUUAAACAACAAAGAUAUAAUUAUGAACACAUUAAACAAAGUAGUUAAGAAAAACAUGGAGGGAACUCCUGUACAGACACAAAUGACACAGUCUUGUGAUGCCAGCUUCAUUAAGGGAAGAUCUGCAGCUAAGUGUUAAAAACCUUUUAUAUAUAGGGGCUGGGAUGCUUAUGGUAAUUCAUACUGUAGGGGUGAGCGGGACACAAACUACUGUAACGCAGGGUAAAUUGUAACAGCUAUUUAGUUACACAGGGCCAAACAAUCUGUGUUUUUAUCUUUUUCUCUCACUGUCAGAAGACGAUCUGCUAUAAACUUGUGAAAAGUUCUGAUGCAUGCAUUGGACAAAGAGUGCUUAGCAGACACGAAAGUUUCUUUCUCAUAUGGUUUUUUUUUCAAUUUCUGAAUUGUGUGUGUAAGUCACCAAAUCCAUGUGUUUUGUAUCUUUUAUAGAUGGUCACUUUGUGUGACCGCUUUCUCCAAUGUACUGUAUUUGAAUGUUUUAUUACACACAUGCAUGCACACACAGUCAGCCAUACAUGGUUUAUGAGGACUUUCCAUAGACGCAAUGCAUUUUAUACUGUCCAAACUGUUAUAUUCUAUUCCCCUAACCUCUUACCCCAAUCCCUAACCCCAAUGUCACAAAAACCUGUUGCCAGUCUUUAAUCUAUGAAAAACUACCAUUUAGUAUGUUCUUCCUGUGUCCCCAUAAACCAUGGUAAUAGCAUAGUUAACAUGUCAUUAUACACUAUUCAUGUCCCCGUAAACCACAUUUGCAAACCCACACAAACACACAAACAACUCCAGUAUCAACAUUAUAACUAAAUCAUUCAAUUUGUUUCUUGAAAUAUACUGUACACUGGAAGCUCUUGUGAGUCAUUAGGUUUCUAUUACACACAUUUUGACUUAAGUUGAAUGAUUAAUUCUUUGAGAAUGUCGGUUACCGUUCUGCCAUUUCGAAAAGAUUUGGUUGACAAAACAGAGCUCUCAUGUAAAGCCAGACUGAUGAUUUAGGAUGAAAAUACCGUGCUUCAUCAUAAGCAUGAUCCAUUUUUUGCAACUCUUUUCCAGCUGAGCUAUUUUUGGACAGAUAACAAAGAAACACGAAGAAGGUGGGGAUUUUCUAUUUUCACAACCAUUCUUUCAUAAAAACCUCCCCCACAAAGUGACUUGCUAGUUUACUGGGAAAUAUUGCAAUACAAAAAUGACAAGUCUUAGAAAAAACAGUAUUUUGUGUAAUCCGUCUGUAAUCCGUUAGCUUUAUUCAAAUCAAAUACAGCAAAAAAGACAAACAAAACAGACAUUUCUUUCAACAAACAA